AUGCCGAGUGGGUCACACUAUCAACCCUACACGCCGGUAGAUGGGCAUAACCAAUCUUACACGUACGGCAACCAGCUUCCAGCCCCCAAUCCCGAAACGACCAACCGUCUGCCCGAUGGCACCGGCCCCAAGGCCGCCAAUGACAGUUUGGCCGUGCAGACUCAUACACCGCCCGAAGAGUCUUUUGACUCCUCAAACGGUCAGGGCGUAAGCGAGGAUACUGGUACUGCUACUGCGUCCAAGAAAGGCAAAGGUCCUCAGGGUUGGCCCAAAGGGAAGCCGCGUGGGCCGCGGAACAAGGCUAGCAGCAGCAGGAAGUCAAGCAAGGCUGGAAAGGCCGCCGAUGUGGCUCUUGCCCCCUCGAAGGAGGAGGGUCCGGAUCAGCUGCAAUCGCCCCAGAGCCUCCCCGCAGAGCCAAGCGAUGGCGCACCUUCUGCUCCGCAACCAGCUGUGGCAGGCUCGAAUAAACGACGAAGGUCUUUCGCAGAUCUCGCUAGGUCCGCUGCUGCACAGUCCAGAGAGCGGGAAGCACCGGCCGCGAGAGCCUUUUCCGUUCCACCUGAUUUCACCAUCUUAACUAGACCGACUGUCCCUCUUGACUCUGGACAACCGCCGCCACCGACUGUUCCGAUAGUCCCCCCGCCGGCGGAAGAAGUGACCAUAUGUGCUGGGUGUAGCUUCUCUCGUGGACCUUCAACUGGCCAAAAGGAUCAAUGGAUUGGUUGUAAUGGCUGCCAGAACUGGUAUCACUUCGCUUGCGCAGGGUUCAAGAACGCAAAGGAAGUUAGCGGCGUAGAUAAGUUCUUUUGCCGAGCAUGCAAGCCAAAGUUUGGUCCGACCACGUUUGUGCGGAAGUCCAAGAGGGCGCAUACUGCUGUCGACUACGCUGGUUUGAACGAAGGGGUGCUCAGAACCUCCGAGGACGAGUAUGAGCAUCACUACAUCCAAGCCAUCAAGGACGGUACCUUCAAAUUCCAACCGGAGACAUUUCCACGGAUGCGGCCUGAGUUGGUGACAGCUGAGAACUUUGAAAGGAAUGGUGGUUUCAAGGAACCCAUUGUCAUUCCGGCUGCUUGGAAUCCGCGUCCGUCGUUUCCCGGGACUGCAGAGCCAGCGAAGCCUGAGUUCUCGAGUCAAGGCGAACAAACCGAUGAUAUACCCGAUGAUCUCGAUUAUGAGAUGGUCCCCGAUGACGGUCAAGAUUUGAUUGAUAUGGUGAUACCCCAGGGUCUUACCGUCCGAAGGGUUGCUGAGCUCUAUGGCCCUGAUGAGAAGGUUGAAGUCAUUGACGUCAAGUCACAGGAGGGGGAGGACAGACGGUGGAACAUGGCCAAAUGGGCCGAUUAUUAUGAAGAAGAGGGUGAGAAACCAGUCCGCAACGUUAUCAGCUUGGAAAUCUCUCACAGCAAGCUUGGCCGACUCAUCCGUCGGCCAAAACUUGUACGCGAUCUGGACCUACAGGAUUCCGUCUGGCCUGACGAAGAAACCGCCAAAGGGAAUUUCCCCAAAGUACAGUUCUACUGUCUGAUGUCCGUCGCGGACUGUUACACGGACUUUCACAUUGAUUUUGGUGGAUCGUCAGUCUACUAUCACAUCAUCAAAGGCAAGAAGUCCUUCUUCUUUAUUCCUCCGAAGAAGCAGCACUUGAAGAAAUACGAAGACUGGUGUUUGUCACAGGCCCAGAACUGGACUUUCUUGGCCGAUGAGACGAAGGAAUGCUACCGCGUUGAUUUAACAGAGGGUGAUACGAUGUUGAUCCCUUCUGGUUGGAUCCAUGCUGUUUGGACCCCUGAGAACAGUCUAGUCAUCGGAGGUAACUUCCUCACCAGGAUCAACUACGCCAUGCAAAUUCGGAUUGCAGAGAUUGAAAAGAACACGAAAGUGGCGAGAAAGUUCCGGUACCCUCAUUUCCAAAAGGUGCUUUGGUAUACUGUCAUACAGUAUCUGCACCUGGACCCGCUUCCCCAGUCAGUCGCCAAUCUCUUUUACGACGGCAAGCAAUUCCGACGAGAGAAACCAAUCUACACAGAGAUGAAUAAGUUUGGUCACAACUCGGAUCCUGGACCGGAAAACUUCAACGCGCGCUACUACGGCCGUAGCGAACUCGAAGGCUUGCCGGAUCUCACCAGUUAUAUAUUCCGUACAGUCAUGAUAUCCCAUGGACGCGUAGAAGGGAUCACGGCUGAAGUGCGAAACGCUGUUACCAAGUCCAUCCCCAAAACCUAUGGCGAUCCUUUGGAUCUCAUCAAAGCUUUUGCCAUGUGGGCUGCAUGGAAGCGUGGAAACGAGGAUAUUCCGCAAUGGGCACAUCCUGAGGCCGUUCUGCCUGAAAUUGGCAGUUCCAGUGGAGACAAGAAGCUGAGCAAUGCUGCACUGAAGAAACUCGAGCGCAAGUCGUUUGUUGAUGCUUUCCGCAUCGCUCCGGAACGGCAGUCAGCUCGCCAGCAGAAGAAGGCUCAGGAGACAGAGGCCACUGACCAAGGCUCUUCUUCCGGUCCCGUUUCUGGGGCGGCACAACCUGCUGCCAAACACACCAGCACACCAAAAACCUCUGUGUUGGGGCCCAAGCGAAUCGCCUGCGAUGCAUGCAGGAAACGCAGGAUUAGGUGUAAACACAAGGACGAGGUCGUGUCUCCGCUUGCCCAUAGCACACCCAGCCGACAUGAGAGGCGUCCAAGCACACAGAUGAUGACUGUUGUCCUGCCGUCUUUUGACAGGAGGUCCAACGGCAGUCUGGCAAUGAACGGUCUGAAGCCAGAUCAGCUUGGUUCAAUGAUCUCGGUGGGCUCGCCGGAUAUGCCGCUUGAAACUCCGGAUAGCAAGCGCGGACGAAGUAAGGCAUGCUUAGAUUGCCGAAGGAGCAAGCGACGUUGCAUCCACGAUGAGUAUGGCAACAUUGACCCAGUUAAAGCGCAAGAAGCACCGAUUCCUCGUGGUAAUCAGAGUGCUAAGAAGCGCCGCAUUAGC